AUGGCAGCUGAAAUUCAGCCUCGGCUUUGCAAACUGUCCAAAAAGGAAGGUGAAAGCUUUGGCUUUUACUUAAGGAUAGAGAAAGACAUAGAUGGCCACCUGGUCCGUUCUGUGGUGACAGGAAGUCCAGCUGAUAAUGUUGGACUGAAAGAUGGAGAUCGAGUCAUCAGGGUCAACACGGUUUUUGUGGAUGGUGAAGAACAUCAAAAGGUGGUAGAUUUGAUUAAAAAGUCUGGAAAUUGUGUUACCUUUCUGAUACUGGAUGAUGCCACUUAUACACAUGCCAAAAAGCAAGGUAUUGAUCUAUCUCAAGUGAACAUUCCUAAUCCCACCCCAGUCCAGCCCGUGGUGAAUGGAGUCAGCGGAAAAACGCCACGGCCCAAGCUGUGCUACUUGGUGAAACAAGGUUCGAGCUUUGGAUUUUCAUUGAAGACCGUUGAAGGAGUCCCUGGUCUGUUCAUGACUGAGAUCACCCCUGCUGGUGCUGCUUUCAAUGCUGGAGUUGAAUCCAAUGACCGAAUAAUUGAACUAAAUGGAGAAAAUGUUGAAAAUGUCUCUCAUCCGCAAAUGGUUACUAAGAUGAAAGCUUCAGGGAACAAAAUCAUGUUGCUUCUGAUUGAUGAGACCUCAGACAAAUACUUCAAAAGCAAAAUGGUCAAAGUUGUGGCAUCGAUGGCAAGUGUGAAAGGUCUGCCUCUCAAACCACGGAUAGCACAGCUAACCAAGGGAUCUCAAGGCUAUGGUUUCUCCUUGAGAGUCGAACAAGAACAAAAGGGUCAUUUAAUCAGGGAGAUUGACCAAAACAGUCCAGCAGGAAAAUCUGGACUACUUGAUGGUGAUCUUCUGAUUGCUGUGAAUGGGGAUGUCGUUGAGCAUCUGGAUCAUGAAUCAUUAGUUGAUAAGAUAAGGAAGUGUGGGAACCAGGUCACGUUCCUUGUUGUCGAUAGUCCAACAAAUGAGCUUUACAAACAGGCUGGCAUUUCUCCAAUCUGCUUCUGGAAAGAGGUUCAUGAAUCAGAUCCACCAGUGGAAGUUCAGGAGUCACAGGAGAACCAGAGAUCAACAGAAAGUCCUCAACAUGGUCCCAGAUUGUGUCACCUAACCAAAGGUCCAGAAGGAUAUGGCUUCAUUCUCAAUGCAAUCAAGGGCGUGCAAGGACAGUUUAUUAAACAGGUUAUUAAAGACAGCAUAGCUGAAGAGGCAGGUCUGCAAGUGAAUGACAUAUUGAUUGAAGUGAACGGCAUCAAUGUGGAGACAGAUACACAUGAAGAAUUGAUAGAAAAAAUCAAGACCAGUGAUGAUAAGCUGAGUAUGCUGGUGAUUAGAAAGGAAGAAUAUGAUCAUUACAAAGAAACAAACACCCCAACUUCAGCAAAUGCAAUCCGAGUGCCA